UUAUUUAAGUAAGUGAUCGAAUCAUUACUGGUGCAAUUUAUAUUGAAUACGUGAGUCAGAGGGGUACAUUUCACAAUAGGAGGUACACAUGUGGAAUGAUAUAAUAUAAUAUGAUACAAUUGGUACACGUUAUAAGGACAUUGUGCAAGAGGUCACCCAUGUGCAUAAUUACAUUUUAGUGUAAAAGUUGAAUUUAUUUGAUUUUGUUCAGUGCAGAGCUAAAUAAAUUUUACAAACCAAUACUCUUAUAAUACACUUACACAAAUUUCAUGACCAAAACAAGGCGUAAACAGAACCUGCAACUUCCAUAUAAAUAACAAAAUAAAUACUGUCACAAUUACAAAUCUAUGUAAUACUGAUGAGUUUAUUUUUCUUCAUAAAUGUUCUUAAAUUGAGUAAUAGAUCCCAGUCCAGAGAAAUGCACAUGUGUUUUAAUGUGACCAUGCGUGAUGACUUCACUGUCUUGUCCUCUGCAGCCGGUCACAUUGAAACAAACCGGGUCGAGUUCAGGAAAUGUUUUGUUUGUUACGGGGAGCACGUGAAGGCAGCAUCAGCAGUGACGCAACACAUGGGCGUGUUGUCAUGGCUGCGCUGCGGGACGGCUCCGCGCUGUGAAUACCUACUGAGCUAACACUCGUCAUGUCGGUGCUGGCGGCGGACCGCGGCCCGGAGUCCCAGCUCGGCACAGACUAAACAGUCCUGACGGGGGUCCGUCUCCCCUGAUCUGUUCCCGGAAACACCCCUGGGGCCAUCCCUACGCGCAAUAUCAUCGGCGCAAGCCGGCCCCUCCCCUCAUAAGCCUCAGAGGCGCAGCAGCGGAAGUGACAGUGCUGCCAGGCCCCGCCCCUUGCGCUCAGCCCCCAGGCCAGGCCCCAGCAGAGGCAGCAUGGAGGUGGGCAUGCGUGUGGUGCGUGGCCUGGACUGGAAAUGGGGAAACCAGGAUGAUGGUGAGGGUCACGUGGGCACUGUGGUGGAGAUUGGUCGUCAAGGCAGUACUACUACACCGGACAAGACAGUGGUGGUACAGUGGGACAGUGGCACACGGACCAACUACCGCACAGGCUACCAGGGUGCCUAUGACCUGCUGCUUUAUGAUAAUGCUCAAAUCGGCGUGCGUCACUCCAACAUCAUCUGUGACAGCUGCAAGAAGCAUGGCAUCAUGGGAAUGCGAUGGAAGUGCAAGGUGUGCUUCGACUACGACCUCUGCACCCAAUGUUACAUGAACAACAAGCACGACUUGAGCCACGCUUUCGAGCGCUACGAGACGGCACACUCCCAGCCAGUAAGCUUGGCACCGAGGCAGAACCUCCCACGGAUCAUCCUCAAAGGAAUCUUCCAGGGGGUUAAAGUCGUUCGAGGACCUGACUGGGACUGGGGCAACCAAGACGGCGGGGAGGGUAAGGUUGGGAAGGUAGUGGAUAUUCGUGGCUGGGAUACAGAGUCUGGUCGCAGCGUGGCCAGUGUCACCUGGUCUAACGGCACCACCAAUGUCUACCGAAUGGGCCACAAGGGCAAGGUAGACCUGAAAUACGUGUCUGACGGCCAAGGAGGCUUCUAUUACAAAGACCACCUACCAAAGCUCGGAGAGCACGCAGAGCUGCAGCGCCAGGAGAGUGCUGAUGGCCACUCCUUCCAGCAGGGAGACAAAGUCAAGUGUCUCUUGGAGGUGGACAUCCUGCGACAAAUGCAGGAGGGCCACGGAGGGUGGAACCCCAAAAUGGCAGAGUACAUUUGUCGGAUCGGGACUGUCCAUAGAAUCACUGACCGAGGAGAUGUCAGAGUCCAGUACAGCAACAACAUCCGCUGGACUUUCCAUCCUGGGGCCCUCACCAAGGUGAACACAUUUGGAGUCGGUGAACUAGUACGGGUGUUGGAGGACAUGGAGAGCGUGAAGAGACUGCAGGCUGGCCAUGGAGAGUGGACAGACAGCAUGGCUCCUGUGCUUGGCCAGGUCGGGAAGGUGUUGAAAGUAUAUGCGGAUGGUGACCUUCGGGUGGCAUUCGGAGGUCAGACAUGGACGUUCAAUCCAGCGUGCCUCUCGGCCCAGCCGGUGGAGGUGGACGCCAACCUCAUGACGGCCGAAAACCCCAACGAAUCUGGAAGUACUGUCAUCUCAGUGUUGGAGAAGCUGCUGUCUCAGUCCACAGAGCAGGACAAUCCCAGUCGCUUGGUCAUUGAGGCAGCACAUGGCAGUGCCAACAAAGUGAGGGAAUUGGUGCAGAAAUAUCCUGACAAGGUGGAUAUAAAGAACCAGGGCAAGACUGCACUGCAGGUCGCUGCUCACCAAGGCCACAUGGAGGUGGUGAAGGCCCUGCUGCAGGCCAACAGCUCCAUCGAGGUCAAGGAUGAAGAUGGAGACACGGCAUUGCAUUACACUGCAUUUGGUAAUCAGGCAGAGAUCGCUCGGCUGCUGUUGAGCAAGGGGGCAAACGUCAACCUCCUGAACAACUCCAUGUGCACGGCCCUCCACAUCGCUGUCAACAAGGGCUUCACUGAUGUGGUGCGGGUGCUGACUGAACAUUCAGCUGAUGUCAAUCUCCAGGAUUCAUAUGGGGACACGCCUCUCCACGACGCCAUUGCAAAAGAUUUCCGCAACAUCAUUGAGAUCCUGGUUGUGGUGCCCAGCAUUGACUUCACUCAGCAGAACCAUAGAGGCUUCAACCUCCUGCACCAUGCUGCUCUAAAAGGAAACAAACUGGCCACAGAGAAGAUCAUGGCUCGAGCACGGCAGCUGGUGGAUGUUAAGAAGGAGGAUGGCUUUUCCGCGCUGCAUCUGGCCGCCCUCAACAACCACAGGGAUGUUGCUGAGAUCCUCAUCAAGGAGGGACGCUGCGACAUCAACAUCCGCAACAACCGCAACCAGACGCCACUGCAGCUGGCAGUGACGCAGGGCCACACCGAGCUGGUGCAGCUUCUGGUGGCCGAGGGGGCGGACGUCAACAUGGAGGACGAGGACGGCGACACGGCCAUGCACGUUGCCCUCCUCCGCCCACAGCUGGCCAAUGUUAUGCUCAGUCCCACCGUGGGAACCAGCAGCACCGAGGAGAGCAGUGAGGGCUGCUCCUCCACGUCGCUCUACUGCAGGGUGAGAACUGACAGGGUGGUGGAGGAGAAGUAGCAUAUUGUUGACCUGUUGU